AUGGAGGGCCCGUACCAUGUUUACCUCUUUGGAGAUCAGACCAGCGACUUCGAAGCAGGUCUGCGCCGUCUGAUCCAAGCCAAAAACAAUACUAUUGUCCAGUCCUUCUUUCAACAAGCUUUCCACGCUCUACGCCAGGAGAUUUCGAAGCUUCCACCCGCCCAACGCAAGAUUUUCCCGCGAUGCACAAGUCUUAUAGAUCUGCUCGCCAGAUAUUGUGAAUCAGGACCAAGCCCAGUCCUCGAGAGCGCCUUCACAUGUAUAUACCAGUUGGGGUCUUUUCUCAACUACUAUGGCGAUCUGGGAAAUGCCUACCCAUCAGAUGGAUGCCAGCUUGUUGGGUUAUGUACAGGUCUUCUCAGUUGUGCGGCCAUCAGUGCAUCGAGAAACGUUGGAGAGCUCCUUCCCGCCGCGGUUGAAACGGUCGUGGUUGCCCUGCGGCUCGGAUUGUGUGUCUUGCGCGUUCGCGAGCUUGUCGACUCUGAGGCAAGCUCAUCAUCCUGGUCUGUUUUGGUUUCUGGGUUGAAUGAAGAAAGCGCCUCUAGCUUGAUCGAAGAUUAUAGCACGAGAUUGGCCAUUCCUCCGUCGUCGAAGCCUUACAUCAGCGCAGUGAGCUCCAAUGGGGUCACUAUCAGUGCGCCCCCUUCUGUCCUGGACACCUUUGUUGAAACCGGUCUGGCAGGAAAGUAUAAGCCUACGAGGGUUCCGAUCCAUGGUCCUUACCAUGCCCCACAUCUAUAUGACAGCAGAGACGUUGAACGGAUUCUGGAAUCAUCCCCACAAGACAACAUCGCGCAUUACACCAGACAUAUCCAAAUGCUUUCCAGCGAGACCGGCACACCCAUAGAAGCCAGCAAGAUCAAGGAGGUUCUCAAGGUGGCUAUUGAAGAGAUCCUACUGCGUCGACUCUGCUGGGACAAGGUCACGGAAUCAUGUAUCUCCAUUAUCGAGUCAUCCCAAAGCCAGUCCUGCCGUCUUAUGCCUAUAUCUACCAGCGCGACCCAAAGUCUUCAUACCGCACUCAAGAAGGCAGGCGUCGCCAAUCUCUCGCUGGACACUGGCAUCGGAGAGAUUCCGUCGACGGCGGACAGACCCAACUCGACUGGAAAGACUGAAUGCUCCAAAAUUGCUAUCAUCGGUAUGUCAGGCCGAUUCCCUGACUCUGAGAGUCCGGAGAAAUUCUGGGAGAUCCUCCAAAAGGGGCUUGAUGUACAUCGCAAGGUUCCUGCGGAUCGUUGGGAUGUUGAUGCCCACUACGAUGAGACUGGCGCUAGAAGAAACACGAGCAAAGUGCAGUACGGUUGCUGGAUCAACGAACCUGGACUCUUCGAUCCCCGAUUCUUCAACAUGUCACCCAGAGAAGCGCUUCAAGCUGAUCCGGCUCAGCGGCUUGCGUUGCUCACGGCUUAUGAGGCUCUUGAGAUGGCUGGGUUUAUUCCCGACAGCUCUCCCUCAACUCAGAGAGACCGCGUUGGCAUCUUCUACGGCAUGACCAGUGAUGACUACCGUGAAAUCAAUAGCGGCCAGGAUAUUGACACGUACUUCAUCCCGGGCGGCAACCGUGCGUUCACUCCUGGCCGGAUCAACUACUACUUCAAGUUCAGUGGUCCAAGUGUCAGUGUGGACACCGCAUGCUCGUCCAGUCUCGCAGCUAUUCACAUGGCUUGCAAUGCGAUCUGGAGAAACGACUGUGACUCCGCGAUUACCGGUGGUGUCAACAUUCUGACAAAUCCGGAUAACCAUGCUGGCUUGGACCGUGGGCAUUUCCUGUCCACGACUGGUAACUGCAAUACUUUUGACGACGGUGCCGAUGGGUACUGUCGAGCCGAUGGUGUUGGUUCCAUUGUUCUCAAGCGCCUCGAGGACGCGCAAGCCGAUAACGACCCCAUCAUCGGAGUCAUCAAUGGAGCGUAUACUAACCACUCCGCGGAGGCUGUGUCUAUAACCCGCCCACAUGUCGGAGCACAGUCUUUCAUCUUCAACAAACUCCUUAACGAAGCCAACGUCGAUCCCAAGGAUGUUAGCUACAUCGAAAUGCAUGGCACAGGCACCCAAGCAGGCGACGCUGUGGAGAUGCAAUCCGUCCUCGAUGUUUUUGCCCCUGAUUAUCGCCGCGGGCCCACGCAAUCCCUUCACCUGGGAUCUGCCAAAUCGAACAUUGGACAUGGGGAGUCCGCUUCCGGAGUUACAGCUCUUGUCAAGGUCCUCAUGAUGAUGAGAGAGAAUCAAAUCCCACCUCAUUGCGGCAUUAAGAACAAGAUCAACCACAAUUUUCCGACCGAUUUCGCGAAGCGUAAUGUUCAUAUUGCAUUCCAGCCCACUCCCUGGAACCGGCCAGCUUCUGGAAAGCGCCGCGCCUUUGUUAAUAACUUCUCUGCCGCUGGUGGUAACACGGCUCUUCUCAUAGAAGAUGCACCUAUCUCUGAGACUACUGGUCAGGACCCCAGAGCUUUCCACGUUGUUGCGGUUUCAGCUCGGUCUCAAAGCGCUCUGAAGAACAACAUUGGGUCUCUCCUGAAAUAUCUGGACUCAUACGGUAACUCAUUUGGAGUCAAAGAGUCCAGCCUCGUGCCUAACUUGGCUUAUACUACCACUGCACGUCGUAUUCACCAUCCCUUCAGAGUCACCGCUGUUGGCUCGAGCUUGCACAGCCUGCGCGAUUCUUUGCACGCUGCCGCUCAACGGGACACGUUCACUGCUGUGCCGGCGAAGACUCCAGGCAUUGGCUUCGUCUUUACAGGCCAGGGUGCUCAGUACACAGGAAUGGGUAAAGAACUAUACAACACUUGUUCUCCGUUCCGGGCCACGAUUGAACAUUUUGAUUGCAUUGCUCAAAGCCAAGGUUUGCCUGCGAUCCUACCCCUGAUCGAUGGCAGCAUCGCGGUCGAAGAGUUGAGCCCUGUAGUCAUUCAGGUAGGAACCUGCUGCGUUCAGAUGGCCUUGAUUAGUUACUGGAGCUCUUUGGGUGUGAAGCCGUCCUUCGUCCUCGGGCAUAGUCUCGGAGACUAUGCUGCUCUGAACGCGGCCGGAGUCUUGUCGACUAGUGAUGCAAUCUAUCUCUGUGGCCGCCGUGCUCAGUUGCUCACCGAACAAUGCCAGAUCGGGACACACUCCAUGCUAGCAAUCAGGGCUUCGCUUGCCGAGAUUAAGCAUUUCCUCAAGGACGAUGUUCACACGAUCGCCUGUGUCAAUGCUCCUGCCGAGACCGUGAUCAGUGGACUUGCCUCCGACAUUGACGACUUGGCUCAGAAAUGCCUUACCGAGAACGUGAAGGCAACCAAACUACGGGUUCCGUACGCGUUCCACUCCCCGCAAGUCGACCCCAUCUUGGAUACAUUUGAAAAGAUCUCUCAAGGCGUGACAUUCCACAAGCCUACAACGCCCUUUGUCUCGGCCCUUCUUGGUGAAGUUAUCACCGAAGCCAAUGCACAGAUCCUUGGAGCUAAGUAUCUCAAGGACCACUGCAGGGGAACCGUCAACUUCCUUGGAGCUCUUGAAGCCAUUAGACAUGCGAAGCUGGCUGACGAUAAGACGAUCUGGGUCGAAAUUGGUUCUCAUACCAUCUGCUCUGGCAUGAUCAAGGGAACACUUGGCCCACAGGUCACCACAGUUGCCUCCCUCCGACGAGAGGAGGAUACAUGGAAAGUCCUCUCUAACAGCAUGUCCGCCCUCCAUCUGGCCGGAAUUGAUCUCAACUGGAAGCAGUACCACCAAGACUUCAGCUCCUGUCAUCAAGUCUUGCGUCUCCCCGCCUACAGCUGGGAUCUGAAGAAUUAUUGGAUUCCGUACACCAAUAACUUUUGCUUGUCCAAGGGAGCUCCCGUUGCAGCCAUUGAAGCAGCACCAACAUAUGAAUAUCUCACUACCGCUGCCCAGAAGGUCAUCGAGAGUCGUGACGAUGGGGCCACUUCUACUGUGGUGGUUGAGAAUGACCUUGAUCAACCGGAUCUUCGCCGCGUUAUUCAAGGACACAAGGUGAACGGCGCCAACCUAUGCCCUUCGUCUCUGUACGCCGACAUCGCUCAAACCCUUGCAGAGUACUUGAUCAACAAGUACAAGCCCGAAUUCAAAGACAUGGGACUUGAUGUCUGUGACGUGUCCGUGCCUAAGACGCUCAUCGCCAAAGGUGGCCAGCAGCUGUUCAGAGUGUCCGCAACCGCAACCUGGGCGGAGCAGCGUGUAUCGCUGCAGAUCUAUUCGAUCACCCUUGAAGGAAAGAAGACUACUGAACAUGCGACAUGCACCGUCAAGUUCUUUGAUUGUGCUGCUACAGAGAGGGAGUGGAAGCGCAUGUCCUACCUCAUCAAGAGGAGCAUUGACCGCCUACAUGAAAUUGCAGACAACGGAGAAGCGCAUCGACUUCAGAGAGGGAUGGUAUACAAACUUUUCGCCACGCUGGUCGAAUACGAUGACAACUUCAAAUCGAUCCGCGAAGUCGUCCUCGACAGCGACAACCACGAAGCUACUGCGCGCGUCAAGUUUCAAGCUGGGCCGGGAGACUUUCAUAGAAACCCGUUCUGGAUUGACAGCUUCGGGCAUCUGUCUGGUUUCAUCAUGAAUGCGAGCGACGGGACAGACUCGAAAACGCAGGUUUUCGUCAACCAUGGCUGGGACUCAAUGCGUUGUCUGAAGAAGUUCUCUCAGGAUGUCACCUACAGGACCUACGUCAGAAUGCAACCGUGGAAAAAUUCUAUUUGGGCUGGUGAUGUCUUCGUCUUCGAGGGCGACGAGAUUAUAGCCGUAUACGGAUCAGUCCAAUUCCAAGCCUUGCCGCGCAAGAUUCUUGAUACCGUGCUUCCACCUGCCGGAGCUGCCAAAGCCCCAGCCGCUGUUCGUCCUUCGGCAAGUGUGAUUCAAAAGGCUGCGCCUGCAGCAGAGAGCAAGACCCGUGCUAAGGCUCCCACACCCACCAAAUCUCUCGUGAAAUCUGGACCAAGUGUGAUUGUGCGCGCACUCAGUAUUCUCGCCUCUGAGGUCGGAUUGUCCGAGUCAGAGAUUUCGGACGAUUUGGUUUUCGCUGAUUAUGGCGUGGAUUCUCUACUGUCUCUUAACAUUACCGGCCGGUAUCGCGAAGAGCUGAACAUUGAUCUGGAUUCAUCAGUCUUUAUUGACCAACCGACUGUCAAGGACUUCAAGCGACUGCUCGCUCAGAUCAGUCCCUCCGAAAGCAGCGAUGGUUCUACCAGCGAUCCAGAAUCAAGCUUCUCUUUCAAUGACGGUUCGGACGAGUCGGGUUUAAGCUCGCCUAUGGUUAUCUCGCCUCCGAAUGAAAAGAUGAUGGAAGUCGAACAACAUGCUACCAUGAAGGAAAUUCGUGCGAUUAUUGCCGAUGAAGUUGGUGUGACUGAAGACGAGCUCAAGGCAGACGAAAACUUGGGCGAGAUGGGAAUGGACUCCCUUCUCUCUUUGAAUGUCUUAGGUCGGAUCCGUGAGACAUUGGACAUGGAUCUUCCGGGUGAGUUCUUUAUCGAGCAUCAGACCCUCGAAGAAGUUGAGACUGCUCUCGACUUGAAGCCUAAGGCCGCACCCAUCUCUGAGCCAAUCAGACUGCCGGAGGCUGUCCCAGCUAUGAAGUCGAUCGUCAGUGUGCGUGCCGCUCAGCAUCCACCAGCAACUUCGAUUGUCUUGCAGGGUAACCCCAAGACUGCUACGCAGUCAUUGUUCCUAUUCCCUGACGGAUCUGGCUCGGCAACCUCCUAUGCGACGAUUCCUCGAGUUGGCCCAGACGUAUGUGUUUACGGGCUCAAUUGCCCGUACAUGAAGACGCCGGAGAAGUUGAAGUUCCCUCUUCAGGAGCUUACCUUCCCUUACCUUGCUGAAGUCCGGCGGCGACAACCCAAGGGCCCUUACAACUUCGGUGGUUGGUCUGCUGGUGGAAUUUGCGCAUACGAUGCUGCUCGCUACCUGAUUCUCGAGGAAGGAGAACGAGUCGACCGACUUCUCCUUCUCGACACACCAUUCCCUAUCGGACUUGAGAAGCUGCCUAGACGGCUGUAUCGGUUCUUCGACUCGAUUGGGUUGUUCGGCGAGGGAAAAGCCGCGCCUCCAGCCUGGCUGCUGCCUCACUUUUUGGCGUUCAUCGACUCCCUCGACGCCUACCGCGCCGUACCGUUACCUUUCAACGACCCCGAAUGGGCUAGCAAGAUGCCCAAGGUGUUCCUUGUUUGGGCCAAGGACGGCGUUUGCAACAAGCCUGAUGAUCCGCGCCCGGAGCCCGCUGCGGACGGCAGCCCCGAUCCCCGCGAAAUGGUGUGGCUCUUGAACAACCGUACCGAUCUGGGACCUAACAAGUGGGACACGCUCGUGGGGCCGAACAACGUGGGCGGCAUUACCAUCAUGGAGGAAGCAAACCACUUCACUAUGACGUUGGGCAAGAAGGCCAAGGAGCUGUCCAACUUUAUUGGCCAUGCUUUGGCUAAUUAGAAUGACCGAAUGAUCGCAUAAGUUACGAAAAUAAUACCUGCUAAUCUUUAUUAACCUAGACAGUCUUGAUGUGUUCUGUUUGAUUGUUACGAUUUGUCUUUUUUUGUUGUCCCUAAAUCGAAAGUACAUUAUCUCACACAAGAGUGGUGUUGGGCAUUGUCGUUCAUGACAUUAGAGAUAGGCUAGUAAUAGGUAGACUGGAU